AUGGACAGCCGCAGUAUGGUGGAAGGCAUCGACUGGCCUGGCUGGCUUGCUGAGCCGGUUAUGAAGCCGCUGCUGGGGGAAAUUGAAGGUAAAUUCAACCAGACCGUAUACGCUGACAAGCCAAAGGUACGACUUCUCGUUGGUCCCGACCGUGUGCCACUCAUUGUGGACGAGGCCACCUUGGCCACCUUCUGCCCCGGCAUGACUUGCUGCCACCAGCGAGACUCCCACACGAACGCUUUCGACGUUGCACUACCCGCUUACUCACCCAUGGCAGUACUCGUCUUCAUCUGGUGGUGCUAUGAAGGCCAUCUCAAAUCCCUUGAUGAGAGGGCCCUCGUGUUUUCGCCUCUGACCUUGGCUCACCUCUCGCUAAUCUGCCAAGAUUUCCGUCUGUCCCGCUUGGGGGACUGGGUGAAGAGCUACGCCGAACUCCAGUUCUUCGACGACCGCCUGUUCCCGGACCUCCACCCGAAGAAGUUCGCCAUCAGCUUGCCUGUCCUUGGCACGCUUUGGAACACGUCCAACGACACCAACCCCCUCCGCCAUGUCUAUGUCGAGCUCUUUGCCUAUGGUUUGCCGCUCAUCACCCGCGAGGACGGCAGCAAAUUUGUGGCCGCGACCUUUACCUCCAGCACCAUGGACAAAGCACCGCAUGCCUUUAGGGAGGAGCUCUGGAACACAGUGCGCACACGCGAGCUUAAAGGUAAUCAGCACGGCUGGCUGUGGGGACUUGACCUCCCGGGCUCUCUUAUCAACCACGCUUUCCUGAAGACUUUGGAUGACACCCAAAAGACUGUGUUGAAGCACAUACUUAAGAAUUGA